UGGAGAUGUUUGCCAGUUACAAGACUUUAAGACUAAGGCUUUCGUCCAAGGCUCAUCAACGGCGGUAGCAAACAACUGAUCUUAGUAUCUUCAACAUGGACGGCACAUCUAUUCAGCAGGAGCCCUUUCCUGCCCCCUCGAAGACUGCUACUGGAAUCAUCAACGGUGUCCCAACCGAAGUGGAAGCAACCAGCUUCUCAGACAAGAUCAUGCUCACCGUGUCUCAAGGUGGCCGCCUUGCCCAAUGGGUGUCAGUACCACUCUCAGCACCAUCUUCAGCGUCUAUCGAUAUGGCUCUUCCUGGCUCAAGUACUCUGCCUUCAGCACACUUGACACCCAGCACAUUACUUGGCGGCGGUGAUUCUGAUAGGGAGACGAUGGGCCAUCUGUACGCCACUCAGAUUGCAAGCCAUUUGGCUCUGCGUAACCCAGAUGAGAAGAGAACCCUCUUGUUAGGGUUGGGAUUGGAGAAGGUGGAUGGAGGAGGCGAAGCGUUUUUUGACUUUCUCGAGUUAAUGCUACAGGUUAUCUGA